AUGCUAAGAUCAGAGUUAGAUUCCUUGGGGAAACCCAUAUACCAAACCCUGACUGAACAAAUUCCGAUAGACUUGGCAGGAGAUAAGCUCUUCACCCAUGUGAAAAAUUGGUAUGACGAAUACAACAUAGAAGAGGGCUUUGCCAACGUCAAACUUGGCAGCAUCAAAAAAAAUAUCAACUUAUCUGCUAACGAAUAUAAAGAAUUCACCACGGAUAAUUUUAAAGGCAUCAGGAAUAAAAAGGAGUUUAAAGGAAUAUUUUACUCCUUCGGUGAAGGAGAGGACUACAAUAACCAUGAUGGGAUGUAUCACAGAAAGGACAGUGACCAUGAGAGUCGUGGCGAUGAGAAUGAGAACGAUGAGACUGAAGAUGAUGAGGAUGAGGAAGAUGAAGACCAUUAG